AUGACGGACACCUUCGACCUUGGACAGAUUCAUCCAAGUUUGUUUAGCAGGAGCGCGACCCUGUGCGCGUUUGUCCAGCCAACGUCCAGCCUGACGCUCGCCGUCACCAUACCCAGUUCUGACACGGUUUCAGCGGUCCUUCGCCGCGGUCUCCACCACCUCUCCCAAUCUCAGCUCGACAACCUCCACACCCAGCUCGCCCAGUUCCGCGCCGCGCUCACCCACUUCGCCACGCACCGCCGCGCGGACAUCCAGCGCGACCCCCGCUUCCGCCAUGCGUUCCAGCAGAUGUGCACGACGAUCGGCGUCGACCCUCUCGCGGGCCCGCGGAGGUAA